AUUUUAUUUACUUUUUCUUUCACAGCUCCAGAAAUGAGUAUGAAAGGGAAGAAGAAGUCAAAACUUUCUCUUUCAAAGAGUAAACGUGAUGAUGAUGAUAAAGUGCAGACUAUCUCUGACAUGUUCAGAAAACAGAAGACUGAAAAUGUGAAAAAAUUGAGUAAAUUUUCUGCUGCUUUGGAUGCUAAUGAAGACGAUGAUGUGAUUUGUGUGGAAGACGAAGAUGAAUGUGUUUCUCCUUACUUCAAGAAAAAGACAAUCUCAAAGGAUGAAGAGGGUACAUCUUCUUCCAAGCUCACAACCAAAAAGGUCAUGUCUUUGGAAAAACGUCUCCAAAUGGACUCUAAUAAAUCUGCUUCAUCUGUGGCAUAUUCUGAAAGUGAUAGAAAAACGAUCCCCAGCAUUUCAGGUGUAAAGAAAGAUGUGACUGUGUCUGAUGAUUUUGAAGCAAGUGAAAAGUUAAGUGAUUCUGUAGUGACAGCCUCUGCUGAGAGAAAGAGCAAUAAAAUGAGAUUGUCUCUGGGAAAAAGAAACCGAGAAACUGAUUCUGAAGAGUUCUUUCCUUCUUCUGUGAAACUUGUGAAAAAUAACGAUGGUCAGACAGCUAGCACUACUGAGAAGAGUGUUAUUAUAGACGAGGGUAAAGAGAAAUUUGUUGAAUAUAACAGUGUCAACAUUGACCCAGUUUCAGUUCAGACGCUGAGCUCACAAUGUAGCAAAUCAUCGAAUGAAAACAGUAAAGUAUCUUCACCUAUGGCUUCUCAUGAUGAAUCUGUUUCAGUCGAUAAUGCAAAAGGGUCUGCGCCAGUUGAUGAUGCAAAAAGAUCUGCUCUGCUCUCAAAGUCAAAUAAUGAUGAGAGAAAGGAAGAAAGAGAAGAAGGUGAAGAAGACUCUACAAAGGAGAUGUCAUACAGAUUGCCUUACUACCUCGAAAACUUUGAGACAAUUCUCAAGUCAGUGAUGGAAGAUGAUAGUAACUAUGAUCUCUUCAAUAAGGAGGAUAAGGAGACCAUAGAAUCUUACCAUUGUCUUUCAGAGGCAGCCAAAAAACUGUAUAUAAGGAUGUUUAGCCGCAAAUUGAACUGGAUCCCUUUGUCAAAGUUGAAGUACCCAGAAAUUGCAGAAGAUUUGACUUCUUCCCUGAAGGAGCUGGCUGCAGUCAAAUUUAUUGACAGUGAUGAGAACUUGACUGACCUGGGAGACUUACUGCAUGCUCUGAGUGCUGGAGACAUAAAGAGCCUAGCCAAAUCUUAUCAUGUGGCAUCUACAGUAACACAGAAAGGUCAACAAGUGCAGGAGCUGAUCAAGAAGUCUCAGCAGAGUACUAUCAGCUCUAUGUUUGGAGCCAAGAAAGGAGGUGUGGCAGAUGCCAUGAUGAAAAAAGCCAAACAGUUUAUCAGUGGUAUCUACCGUCUACGGUCAGAAGUAAGGGCCGUAUUUAUGCGAACAAUGAUGCUCUACUCGCUGUUAGAUACCUCGGGUGAUGAGGAAAAUGGAAGUGGAGGCCAGGGACAGCUGUUUCACAUGCUAAUGGUGAACAUGGGCAAGAUGGUUUAUCCCAGCUAUGUUGUAAAGAAAGACCAUCGGAUCUUCAGUGGGAGAGAAGACGUCAUUAGAUUUGAGCAAGCGCUUCAGCUGGAGUCUGAUCUAAUGAAUUGCACCAUGUCAGGCAAAUGGGCUGAUGCCUAUUCGGUAUACCAAAAGGUUGUGCUCAUGUGGAAGGAGCUGGAAAGUGAUGAAAGCAUCGUUCAGUGGAAUGAAAAUUUGCCGGAUUUCCUGCGCCCGUUUUCAGCUACUUCUGUCAUCUACCGUUUGUUGAACACUGGCAUCGACAUUUUGCAGCGACGCAAGGAGUUUCCGGAAGCUGUUGAGCUGUUGCGCAAACUACUGUCCCAGACCACGUUUUGCUGUGCAUACCGUGGAUAUUGGUGGGAACGGUUGGCUCUUAACCUUGAUGCUCAUCUUAAACAACCAUUAGAGUCUCUGGAGGCAAUUGCGGAAGGACUUGCGGAUAGUUACGUGAAAGUUGGUCACAGGCUGGCGAUAUACCAAAGAGCCGAGGCCAUCUGCCAAAGAGCUAAGCUCAAGGUCAAGGAUCGCUUACAAGAAUUUCACCAUGAGCCCGUAGCAGAAAUGCCCAAAGUGUAUCUGGAGGGUCGUGUGGUGCAUCAGGGCAUCAGCACAACAGGUACGAGGUUCCUUCUGGGCGAGUGCCUGGCCGGAGGGGAUGCUGAAGACAUGACCGUGGGCGGGGUGGAAGAGUUUGUGCUGGAUCACUACAGCAGGAAUGGUUUUCCUUCCGGUAUUCAUGCGGAGGGAUCGGUCAUCAGUUGUCUGUUUGCACUUUACUUUUGGGACAUUCUGUUCUGUGAGGUUCCAGAUGCCUUUCACAGUCCCUUCCAGGCUCAGCCAUUGGACUUCUACACCUUGGGCUUCUACACACGUCGGAAAGAGGCGAUAGAUGAAAGACUCAGCACUCUAGAAAACAGUUCCAUUGAGGAGCUGCAUAAGACGGUGGAGGAUGCCUGGGCCGAGCAUGAGGGUGUUCUGUGUACAGGCAUGAACUGGGAGAAGUGGAGGAGUGUUGACUUUGUCAAGAGUUUGGUGUCGUGCAUGGGAGGAAAAGUUCUGAGUGGCAUCACCGGCCGCUUCGCGCGAUGUACACGACACACUCGCAGUGGCUUUCCAGAUCUCACACUGUGGAACGUGGAUACCGGAGCACUGAAGAUCUGUGAAGUGAAGGGUCCAGGUGACCGGCUGUCACACAAGCAAAUCUUGUGGAUUGACCACCUGCUGGAGCUGGGUGUGGAUGCCGAGGUGUGCCAUGUGAAAGCUGUUGCAGCAAAGAAACUGAAGCCAGUGUAACGCAGGAGGGCUGACAGCAUCAUUAUGAAUUUGGCAGAAUCAUUACAAUUUUUAUUCAAUUUUACAAAAAUACAAUUUAUAAUACCUCUGAAUCCAAUUUUUUUAAACUUCUGCUACCCAAGCCCAUUGCCUACCUUCCAAGUAAAUUAAAUAAGGGAAGAAAGACUGCUAGAACUGGACAGUAUGUUACUACGUCACAUGCAGCUGUCUAACUUUGACUUCCUCUUUGCAUUGUUGAGCACUUGCAGUCGCUCAGUAGCCUACCCCUUUGCCCUUAGAAAACCAUUAGACUUUAGAAGUGCCAAAACCAAGAGUAAAACUAGGUAGCGUAAACACGGCCUCGCGGGCACUCGCGGCCUUCCGACCGCAUGGUAUCGGUGAAAUCGGGGUAAUUC